CCCUUCCUCUGAUCGACCAUUCUGCGUCUUUGAUACUUUGUUGGGCUUAUGGAUCCCUACUCCUCUCAGAACUAUUAUCAGCAUUACCAGCAGGGCAUGCCGUCGACUUCUUCCGAUGUCAAUCCCUAUCACCAACCCUAUCAAGGGCCCAUGUAUACUAACCCUGCUGCAUCAUCUUCUCAUAGCGCUCCCGUUCCAGCUAACGCAUAUGAGUACGACGUUGGAAUUCUUGCACAGCAGAGUGUGUAUGUUCCCGGGGCUAUGAUCGACAAGAGAGGUGGUGCAGGUGGCAAGCUAGCGAAAGGCGGCAAGAGGGUGACAGUUUUGCGUAAAGGUGGAGGAAAGGUUUGGGAAGAUCAGACGCUGUUGGAGUGGAGCCCUUCAUGGUUCCGCCUCUUUGUCGGCGAUCUCAGCAAUGAUGUUUCUGAUGAUGUGCUGGCCAACGCCUUCAAUAAGUAUACAUCUUUUCAGAAAGCUCGUGUCAUAAGGGAUAGACUUAGUCAAAAGGCAAAGUAUGGCUUCGUAGCUUUUUCUGACCCAGAAGAUUUUCUUAAGGCCUGGAAGGAAAUGGACGGUAAAUAUGUUGGCAAUCGCCCGAUCAAACUAAAGAAGGCAGAGCAGACUUCCGUGCGUCCUGUGGAAAUAGGACAUAGAAAGGCGAGGCAGCUAGAAAAAGAUCUGAAGAUGAACAGGAAAAAGCCCUAUUAAAUACCUGAUUCGAUGACUUUCCAGCCGCGUUCCAACUCACUAUGCGCGAUGUUUGUAAAACUAUGUACACUGUGCUUCUCUUUGAUUGAACAUUAGAUCAAUGUUAGAUUCAACAUUGUGAGCU